AUGGCCAGAUUAAACGACCCGCCCCAGCCAGGGCAAGAAUCGCUCGAAGCAAUAAAGAAAAGAUAUAUUCGUCAGAACCGUGAGAUCGCCAGGGUCAACUCCACACAAUCCACCAAGAUUCGUAGCCUCGAAACCGAAACGACUCGGCUACUCACCGAAAACAUUGAUCUGCGGGAGCAGGUCAUAAAGCUCCAAGCCCAGUUGGACAGGCGUGAACGGGGUAAGGCCGUGAUUGAGAAUGUCGAAGCUACCAAAAGGCAGCUAGAGGGGAAGGUAGCCGAGAUGCAGGAGCUUCUAGCAAGUCUAGGGAAGGCUAUUACAGUAUCACCGAGAGUAAAGCCACAGCCGAAACAAAAAGCGCAUGUAGUUUCACCAGAUCAAACUACACACAGGAGAGGGCUCAGCUUCAGCUUCAGCGAGGCCAUGAGGACUGAGGACAAUCUUCCUGCGAUUUCUGAAGAUUCCCGGCGAAGUAGUCUUAAUGUCGAGGAACCUCGACGAACCAGUCUUGGCAGCGAAGAUAGAAGGAGUAGUCUUAACUUCGAGGAAAUAAUAACAUUAUUACCACCACGGGCCGAUGAUGCAGAGUCGGAUGAAGAUCUCAAACCACCCACAUCUAGCAUGCUUGAAAUCCGUUCGAAACGAAGAAGGGAUAGCACCCGUCCAAGCGAGGUGGAAGCCACAAAAUCAACUGUCUCAUCCAGAAGUCAACUCAUGGUAGACACACCAUCAGAAAAACCUAAGAAGAGAAGAUUUGAAGAUAGGGAUCAGGCACAAGAUAUGGAGACUCCUUUGAGUCUCGAUUUUAAAUUCACGAGACACCCACAAAGAACUGCGGAUACGCCAAAAAUUCGAGCGGAGACUCCAAAGCAAACUAUAUCGAUGUCUAAUGUUGAACUCGAUCAUGACAUACCAAUGAAGGAAGUUGAUGAGAUGGAAGAGGUCGAGAAGAUCGUUGAGACUGGGAAGCGAGCCGUAAAAAUGGAUAUUGUCGAGAAAAGGGAUCCUGUUCCUAUGAGAGAGGCUGUGACUUUAGGCGCCACUCCCACCAUUGGCCGAAGAGCGCUGGGUCCCAAAAGCACGAAUUCGGAUCCAUUCAAUUCGCCUCAGAAGCAUAUCAAAACCUCCCUUCUAAAAGCGAAAGAUCUCGAGAAACCAGAGAAGACAGAACUACCGCCACAGAAGAUCAGGACCUACCGCGAUUCGAAUACGGAACCCCCCUCGGCCGAUAUGGAAACAGGUGGUACGGGGAGGCCUUCGAGAAGAUCAAAGGCCAAUAACGUCAACUAUGCUUUACCAAACCUAAGAGACAAAAUGAGAAGAGAAGAUAAACCGGGUGAAACAGGAAAAAGUGAAGGAAGGACUGCGAGAAGGUCUACUGCUGGCCGGUUGAAGAAUAAAGAUAGCUCGGAGGAAUUAAUGGCUAAGAAGGAUGUGUUUGCUGAGGGGGAAGAUAUCUUUGGCAAUCAAUGGUUAGCGUCAUUGCCCCAGCCAACAACUUUGACUGUUGACGCGGUAGAAGAGCCUAGGAAACCCAGGGAGACUGGAAUUGGCGGGCUCUUGGACAGGAGAUCGGGACGUGACAAUGGAGAAAUGGAGCUACCGGAAACUGUUAUGACAUAUAGAAAGAGGAGGGCAAGUAAUCUUCAUCGGGGGACUUUAAUGGACCUGGAAAAUGAUGCAACUUCAGGGAGACCGCAAACUACAGCGCCAACUGAAUCGAGGCGGAAAACAGUCUCAUUUGAUCCAGAAAGCACUCACGGAGGUGAAGAAGGUCAAUCGCGAAAUCGCGAAAGCUCGAGUUCAAGGAGGAGAAGCGGUACCCAUAGCAACCUAGCGUCAUCAUCUUCGCAGGUAGAACUAGCGGGGGAUGAAGUUGUGCGAAGUUCACGGAGGACCAGUUUAGGAAACUCCACGAAAGGCGUUCGGAGUGCAAAGAGCACUAACAAUAUGGGUGAUGAAACCGAAUUUGACAAUAACCAUCCUGUAAUGGCGACUGGGACUUCGAGCAGAAGGCGAAGCAUGAUGCUUUGA